UCGUUAUCUUUUCUUUUUCUUCUUCUAUGCCAUGGCGAAAAUCUGCUUUGCAACUAACACGUUGACUUCAUACCAUUCCAUCAUAGAUCAUGACAAUACUACUCUAAGUUCCUCUGACAAUAUCUUUGAGUUGGGCUUCUUUUCUCCAGGAGGUUCCAAGUUUAGGUACUUGGGAAUAUGGUACAAGAGAACCCCUGGUGUCAUUGUUUGGGUUGCAAACAGAAACAACCCACUUAAUGACUCUUCUGGAGAACUACAGAUCAGUAACAAGUCAAACCAGAUUGUUAUUCUAAACAGCUCAAAAAUCAUUGUUUGGUCAUCAAAUUCAUCGUCAGAAAUGGUUGGAAAAAAUGUUGUUGCACAGCUUUUGGACUCGGGGAAUCUCGUCCUCAAAGAUGUGGCAGAUAGUAGGAACUCCGAGCAAUAUUUGUGGCAGAGUUUUGAUUUUCCAACAGACACACAAUUACCAGGCAUUAAGCUUGGAUGGGACUCAAAAUCUGGCCUAAAUCGAUACUUAACAUCAUGGAAAAGUGCUGAUGACCCUUCCGAAGGUGACUUCACUUACAAAAUGAACAUCACAAGUGGACUGCCUUAUAUGGUUCUAUCAGAGGGAUCGACCAUAAAGUUUCGGUCAGGGGCAUGGAAUGGAGUUCGACUUAGUGGUAUUCCACUGUUGAUAUCGAGCAUCAAUACUCUCAACUUCACCUUUUUUUUCAAUGAAAAUGAAUCCUUCUACAUGUGUGAGCCAACCUCUAAAUUAGCCUUCACUACUCGCCUAACCUUGAGUCAUUUAGGUAUGCUCGAUCGUUUUAUAUUGGAGAGUAGAAGCUCCCAAUGGAGUAUUAUGUACUCAAGACCAUAUGAGCCCUGUGACAACUAUGGCUACUGUGGUGUAAAUGGUAUCUGCAGAAUCAAUGGGGAUCCCAUAUGUGACUGCUUAGAGGGGUUCACUCCGAGGUCUCAACAGAAGUGGGAUGUAGUUAAUUUAUUCAAAGGAUGUAAGAGGAGAACCCCAUUGAGUUGCAAGGAAGAUUAUGGAUUUUUCAAGGUUGAGGGGGUGAAAUUGCCUGACUUGUUGAACUUUCAGUUGGACAAGAACUUGAGCUUGAAGGAGUGUGAGUUGUCUUGCUUGAAGAAUUGUUCUUGUUCUGCUUAUGCCAGUUCUGACAUCAGACAAGGAAAGAGUGGUUGCUUGAUGUGGUUCAACAAUCUAUUCGAUGUUAGAGAGUUCAGUAGUAUGAAAGACAGUGAGGAUCAAUAUUUGUAUAUAAAACUGUCUUCUUCAGAUUUAAAAUCAAUCAGAGAUUCAAGACGGAGGAAAGCUUUACAGAAAAUUGUCAUAGCUUCAAUUAUCUUUGGCUUGUGUGUCUUGGCUCUGGCACUUUGGUGCAUAAUUUGGAGACUAAGAAAAUUGAAAGUGAAAGCUCAGGGCAUCAAUGGUGAUAUAAAGCUGCCUUUGUUUGAUUUGGCUGAAAUUAUUGCUGCUACAAACAAUUUCUCCCCUGCACAUAUAUUAGGAGUAGGAGGCUUUGGUCCUGUUUACAAGGGAAAUCUUUCAACAGGACAAGAAGUAGCAGUGAAGAGACUAUCGAAAGAAUCACGACAAGGCGCAGAAGAGUUUAAGAAUGAAGUAGAGUUAAUUGCGAAACUUCAACACAAGAAUCUGGUUGCCCUUUUGGGUUGCUGCAUUCAAGGACAUGAAAGGAUGUUAAUCUAUGAGUAUUUGCCCAAUAAAAGUUUAGAUUAUUUUAUUUUUGAGCAAGAAAGAAGCAAUUUGCUAGCUUGGAAAAAAAGAUUUGACAUUGUGAUGGGAAUUGCUAAAGGACUUCUGUACCUCCAUCAAGAUUCAAAACUUCAAAUUGUCCAUAGGGAUCUCAAAGCUGGCAACAUUUUACUAGAUAACAAUAUGACUCCAAAGAUUUCAGACUUUGGAUUAGCAAGGAUUUUUGUAGGUGAUGAAAAAGAAACCACAACAAAGAGAAUUGUUGGAACACAUGGUUAUAUGUCCCCAGAGUAUACAAUAGAUGGAAAAUUUUCUGCGAAAUCUGAUGUGUUUAGCUUUGGCGUCCUCUUGCUUGAGAUAGUAAGUGGAGAAAAGAACAGAGGAUUCAGUCAUCCAGAUCAUCAUCAUAAUCUUCUAGGACAUGCAUGGUUGUUGUGGAACGAGGGAAGAACCUUGGAACUGAUGGAUCCAUGCUUGGUAGAAUCAUGCAUUGAAUCCCAAGUCCAUAGAUGUAUCCAUGUGGGCUUAUUGUGCGUUCAGAAAUACUCGAAGGAUAGGCCAACAAUGAGCUCUGUAGUUGUAAUGCUAGGGAAUGAGGGAGUGAAGUUACCUCAGCCUAAACAACCUGGAUUUUUAUUUGAAAGAAGCUCAUAUAAUCAGGACUCAAUGUCCGGAAAUGAUGAAGAAUCAUAUUCACAAAAUGGAGUCAUGACUGUCACGUUUGAUGUUAGGUAGAUAGAAACUUCAUGGAUUAAGCUAAAUCCUAUUCUCCAAUAUAUCUAUCCAUAGAUUUCUGUAGACAAUGGUAAAUACUAAGAAUUAUCUGAUGUCAUCAAACGAUGUGUUAUUGUCCAUAGAAAAACCUAUAUAAUUAAUUAAGCACUUCAUCUACCAGGUGUAGAACAAAAAUUACAGAUUAGAACAAUGGAGAAAUGUACGAAAUCACUUGUAUUAAAGUAUGUAAUGUUGAACACCACAAUAUGUGA